CAGAAGGUACAAAGUGGCAUCUGAAAAGCUAAAUCUCAGUUAUUUAUUGCUGCAACCCCACACUUCAGCAGGUGGCUAGCUGCAGCUUGCUCUGAUGAAGGAUUCAACUUCCCAGAGGGAGAAAAAAAAAAAAAAAAAUAUGGCGCCAGCUCAGUGAUUAGACUCACUUACACUUAAAAUGCCUCAGUACGACUGUUACCACAUCAGCCUUCUCCAAUGUAUCUCUUCCAGCUCCUGAGGCAGGACGCCCCCGGGGCAGGCCCUGCCCCCCCCGCCCCGCGUCCCGCCGCUGCCCCCUCCGCCCCAGGGCCGUCAGGGCCGAUAAUGGCGGCCGGGGCGGUUGGUCGCGGCGGGUCAGCGCUGCCGUCCCGGCCCGCAGCCUGGAGCCCGAGGGCGGCUGGGCAGCGGCGCGGGGCAGCCCCUUCGCAACAGGCGGUCGCCUCCGAGGGACGGAGGGAGAGCGGAGGAAGAGGAGCCAGCUCUGCCUGCCUGCCCUCCCUCCUCCCGGCGGCCCGGGGCUGCCCGGCCUGCUCUGCCUCCUCCCCCCGCUGCUGCCGACGUGGCGGGGCGGGGAAGGAGCCGGGGGCGCGCCGGCAAAGGGACUGCUGAGCGAAUUGAAAAUGUCUGAAGACAUAUGUGACAGCGUGCCAUCUGAAGAAAAACCUGAAGUAAUGGAAAUGCCCAGCAGUGAUGUACUGCCUCACGAGUCAGUACCAUGCCUCGUGGAAGCUGAGGUCUUGUGUGAGUCUUCACAAGAUGAACAUGGACAGGCCACUCAGAGCUCCAAAAAUAGACAGGAAGGAGGCAUACUUAUUAAUGAAAACCCUUUGACUGAAAAAAUAAUUGAAAGUCUGCCUGCCAGCGGAGAGGCGACUGAAGACAUGCCCACUGAGUGUAAUGAGACUGUAAGUCUUGAUGCAGAACCUGAAUCUGAAGAAACACAGCAUGAACAAAGCAGCCCAGCCACAGACUCCUCAUCUAAAGCAAGUAGAUGGGGAGCAUGGGGUACCUGGGGAAAGUCUCUCCUAUCAUCAGCUUCUGCCACAGUGGGUCAUGGGAUAACAGCAGUGAAGGAAAAAGCAGGAACUACCCUAGGAAUUCAUAACACAAGUUCAGCAUCUUCAGAAACAGCAGAGCCUCCUGCAGCUGAAACACCAAUUACACAAGCAGAAGAUUCUCUGGACCAAAGCUCUUCUGAAAAUAUUCCUUCUUCUCCUUCAUCUGGAUCUCGUGGCAUGUUGUCAGCUAUCACUAAUGCUGUACAGAACACAGGGAAAAGUGUAUUAUCUGGAGGCUUAGAUGCUUUGGAAUUUAUUGGAAAGACAACCAUGAAUGUCCUUGCAGAAAGCGAUCCUGGAUUUAAGAGAACCAAAACACUGAUGGCAAGAACAGUUUCUCUAUCUCAGCUAUUGCGAGAAGCUAAAGAAAAAGAGAAACAGAGGCGGGCCCAGCAAGUUACAGUUGAAAGAACUGCACAUUAUGGACUACUUUUUGAUGAAUUCCAAGGUUUGUCUCAUCUUGAAGCUCUGGAAAUCCUGUCAAAUGAGAGUGAAGCUCAGAUUCAGUCAUAUUUAGCAACACUUGAUGGAGAGCAGUUGGAGACUGUGAAAAAUGAUUUAAUUGCUAUAAAAGAGAUUUUUGUUCCAAAGGAAUCAGAUGACGAAGUGGUGCAGGCACAGAAAGCAGAUAUGGGAGAAGAGUUUGUCAGCAUGCUCACUGAACUGCUGUUUGAAUUGCACGUUGCUGCUACUCCUGACAAACUUAAUAAGGCUAGGAAAAAAGCUCAUGAAUGGCUGCAGGAAGCCCAUUUUUCCACCCCAGUAGACAUAGAAGAGAAUCUAAAAGAAAAACCUGGAGAACCUGGUGAAGAAAAGACUGAAAAGGAAGAUAAAAUUGACAGUGAUAAAACAGAAGUAGAUAAAACCAAAACUGUGGAGGAAAUCUAUAUGCGGUCCAUUGAAAGUCUGGCUGAGGUAACUGCUCGUUGUAUUGAACAGCUUCAUAAAGUAGCAGAAUUAAUUCUACAUGGGCAGGAAGUAGAAAAAACAGCUCAAGAUCAAGCAAAAGUACUGACAAAUUUAACAAGUGCCAUGUGCAAUGAAGUUUCAUCUUUAUCAAAGAAGUUUUCUGAUUCUUUAACGGCAGCUGGGAGCAGUAUGAAGGCAGAGGUUCUUAACCCCAUCAUCAACUGUGUGCUAUUAGAGGGUUGCAACAGUACUACUUAUAUUCAGGAUGCUUUCCAGCUACUGCUUCCAGUUCUGCAAAUUUCACACAUCCAGACCAGUUGUUUGAAAGCGCAAGAGUGACAGUUUCCCAGCAGUUGUCACCACUGGGCUUAACAGAAACCACAGACCUAAUGUCUUUAAUGUAUGUGGAUGGCGGAGAUGGUAUGAGAGAUGUCUGGCCACUUAGAGUCCUUUGAAGACACUAAACGCGGUUUUGCACAUACAAUAUUGAACAACAUUUUAAAACCCUUUUAGACUUUAGAAGUAGUUAGUAAAGUGAGUAAUUUCUUUUCCAUUAGAGUAUAUCCUUUGCAUUAAUUUAAACUGAAGUUUAUUGAUAUUAGCAUUGACUUAAAUACAGAUUGGAAAUGUUGACCCUUUCAGUUGUAGACGAUGUAUGAAGCAAAUUAGAAUCUAAAGGUUUUUAGAAGAUUUCAGCCCAAACGACCAUUUCUAUUGUUUGCAUCCUAACUGUCAGCUCAAAAUGUGUAUUUCAAAAGUUGGUUUCGGUAUUUAAUUUUAGCCAACAUGAACAAAUUCCCAGAGUGUUGUGCUUGUCAAAUGUUACUUACAGUAGUAAAUAAUAACAUCAUAAUAAUAUGUAUCACAUAACACUUUGUGUUGAAAGAGUUGUAGAGUAAUAGGUAUUAACUUUACUAAAUGAAAAUUAUGGAGGUUAUGCAUAAAGAAUUAUACUGAAAUUUUCUGAGCCAGUUAAGAGUACGGGUAAAGCUCUGUAUUUGCUGACCCAUAGUUUUAUAUUCCUUUAUGUCUAUUUCUUAAUUCCAGCAGCUGAUCAACAUUGCAGGCCAAAUUAAUCUUUUUAAUAUGCAAGGAAUAGAAAAUGUCCUUUUUAUUUGACAGUCGAAACACCCCCGAAAUAAUCUUCUCUUAGAUGUGUUACCAGGUUAGUACUUUGAUGUUUAAUUUGGGCUUUAAACAUUAUGAACCUUUUUAUCAAAUGGAGUUACUGACAAUUCAGAAAUACAGGUUUGGGGCAAGGAAAAGAAGUUGUGGAAGGAAGUUACCGGGAAAGUGCUUUGGAUGGGGAGGCCAUAUGUCAGAGCAAUCACCUUUUCUCUGAGGCAGUAGCUAGACAAAGCAUAACAGCAGCAGGAAUGACAUUUCAUAGUAACACUAGCAACCGAGAUAAUUUGUCCAUACCCUUAGCUUAAAAUCCUGAGCUGUGAACCUCAGAAUUUGUUUAGUUUACCUUCUAGACAGGAAGAACUUUCCAAUAUUUUAUGUAGCCUGUUCUGGAUUUUCAUUUAUUAUGUUUCUUUUAGCUAUUUUGUAUUUUUUUUUCUCUUGAUACACUUGUGAAUUGUAUUUAAAUGCUUUUUAAUUGUAGUUAACAUCUGAAUGUGUUUAAUCAUAGAAGCAUAGUUCAUACAUCGUAAAAUUAAUGAAAUAGAGUAUGAGGAAAUACUCUACUGUUAGAAAAGAGAAACCACAUAUCUGCUUUGCACAUGGUAACUUUUUUGAGUCCAGGUAAGAGAGGACAGAAAGGUCUGUUUGUGUCUUACACUAUUGUGGUCCCUGUUCUGCUGUCAUACAUACUGUGACUUUUCCAUCUUUUGUUAUGUAGAGAUGAAAUUGUCACUAUCUCUGAAAUAAGGUUUGUUAUACAAAAUCUAUUUUCUGCCACUCUGUAAUUUAACAGAUAUCUUUCUGAUAAGUAGAAGGGGUACAGUCUUCAAAUCCACUUGCACAGAAUGUUAAAAAAAACUUACAGCAAUGUGAACAAAAGUAAGAAGGCCCUUUGGCAGCUGAAAGGCAAACAAAGCUUGGCAUUUUUUGGUAUUUAUGCUGUAUUGAACAGCUGACAUUCCCUCAACACGGGAGAAAGUGGGACACAGGAAAAUGCAACCGGUAAGCAGACUCACUGGCCCAAAGGUAGGAUGCAGCUCCCACCAGCCGUUACAUCCACAACACUUCAACCUGGCAUUGCUUCAUUUCUGAAAGCGCAAUUUCAAAAGUAUGUUACAAAAUAAUGUUUAGCUGAUGCAAAACAUUUAAUCUCUGGCUUCUACACUUUGAGGGGAAUAAGCAGACUCUUCUCUAGUAGUCCUGCCUGGCUGCUGGAAGACGCACACUUGUGCUUACUUGACCAGCAGUCAUUCCUGUAUCCACGCUUUGACCCAGAAGAACAACUCCUCAGCACAGAUUACUGAGGACCGUGUACUUGCUCCAUAUACUUGAUCAUGAGCAGUUUUCAGUUUUAAAGAUCUGGACACCAGUGAAAGUAUUCACUGUAAAUAGGCCAUUCCCUGAAAGGCCUAUUUAUUUAAAGCAUUUUUUUUUCUGUUGUCCUAUGCUGGCAAGCAGAAUAUAAUACCUGGUUAAAAGCUUGUUUAUUUUUCAAAUGAAGACUAUCAAGAAAAAUCUGGUGUUUUCACCUAUCAGUCAUUACAUCCUGGAUUUUUUACUUUAAUUUGAUCAUUACUUUUCAUCAAGAAGCCUUUCUGUCUGCGUUGGAGUAGGGCUCUGCAUCAGGUAUCUGUAAACAUUUUAUUACUGCCAAAUGAGUCAUAGAACAUAGCAAUAACUGUUUCACACUGUUCCUAUGCUGAGUUAAUGCUUUCGGACAUAAAUUAAUUUAGUUACUUUUUCACGUGGAUCUUUUUUUCCCUCUGAAAUGCAAUGUAGAAUAUAUAGUGUUAAACCUGUCAGAAAAAUGUGUUGACAAGCAGUGGUGCCUUUUCACAGAGGCUGAACAACAUAGUAUUAGGAGCCUCAGGGGAUAAUGUUUGAAAUCGUUGAGGGGCAUUCUUAAGACAAAGAUUGUUUGUCUGAGAUAUUCCUUACUAGAGGUUUCAGUAUCUUGCUUAAAUUAUGUAUGUAUUGAAUAAAGUAGCUUACCCUAAAGUAAAAGAAGCUAUAAAAAAUAAUGUGGGGACUUGAAGGAUUUACAUCCAUACAAUAGAGGAAGGGAAACAGGGCAGAAUAUGAGCAUAGGAAUACACCAUCUGAUCUCAGAUGCAAUCAUCUUGUCCUAGGAAAACCAAAUGUUAUAUUUUUAAAUCAAUUUUAGAUAAAUAAUAUUUCAGUAGAAGAGUACUGUGUGGAUGUAACCAGAAUAAUUUGUUUACACUGGUUUGUAUUUUUCCAUCAGUCAAAUAAAUCAUUUGAGGUACUGAACUGAAA